CCCCGCUCUCUUCCUCUUCCCCGGGCCGCCCCUCUGCCCCGGGCCUGCGAGGCCGCGCGUCGCCGCCCGAGAGAUGAUGCAGGACGUGUCCAGCUCGCCAGUCUCGCCGGCCGACGACAGCCUGAGCAACAGCGAGGAGGAGCCGGACCGGCAGCAGCCACCGAGCGGCAAGCGCGGGGGGCGCAAGCGGCGCAGCAGCCGGCGCAGCGCGGGGGGCGGCGCGGGGCCCGGCGGGGCCGCGGGCGGGGGCGUCGGAGGCGGCGAGGAGCCUGGCAGCCCGGCUCAAGGCAAGCGCGGCAAGAAGUCUGCGGGCUGCGGCGGCGGCGGCGCGGGCGGCGGCGGCAGCAGCAGCGGCGGCGGGAGUCCGCAGUCCUACGAGGAGCUGCAGACUCAGCGGGUCAUGGCCAACGUGCGGGAGCGCCAACGCACGCAGUCGCUGAACGAGGCGUUCGCCGCGCUGCGGAAGAUCAUCCCCCCCCCCCCCCCCCCCCCAGCCCCCCCCCCCCCUCCCGACAAGCCCGACGAGCUGGACUCCAAGAUGGCAACCCCCCCCCCCCCCCCCCCCCCCCGGCUCAGCUACGCCUUCUCGGUCUGGAGGAUGGAGGGGGCCUGGUCCAUGUCCGCGUCCCACUAGCAGGCGGAGCUCCCCACCCCCUCGGCAGGGCCGGAGACCUAGAUGUCAUUGUUUCCAGAGAAGGAGAAAAUGGACAGUCUAGAGACUCUGGAGCUGGAUAACUAAAAAUAUAUAUAUAUGCCAAAGAUUUUCUUGGAAAUUAGAAGAGCAGAACCCAAAUUCAAAGAAACAGGGCGUGGGGCGCACUUUUAAAAGAGAAAGCGAGACAGGCCCGUGGACAGUGAUUCCCAGACGGGCAGCGGCACCAUCCUCACACCUCUACAUUCUGAUAGAAGUCUGAACAGUUGUUUGUGUUCCUUUUUUUUUUUUUUUUUGACGAAGAAUGUUUUUAUUUUAAUUUUUAUUUUUUCAUGCAUGCAUUCUCAAGAGGUCGUGCCAAUCAGCCACUGAAAGGAAAGGCAUCAUUAUGGACUUUCUCCAUUUUUAAAUGGUAACAAUCAGAGGAAUUUUAAGAACACCUUUAGAAAUAAAGAUACUGGGAUUAAACUGACUUGCAAAAUCAUAGUCAGUUAAUUCCUUUUUUCAUUCUUCCUCUGAGGGAAAAAAAACUUAAAAUACAAAAAAACAACAUUCUAUUUAUUUAUUGAUGACCCAUGGUAAAAUGCAAAUAGAUCCGGUGUCUAAAUGCAUUCAUAUUUUUAUGAUUGUUUUGUAAAUAUCUUUGUAUAUUAU